AUGGUGAAAGUUGUCGGGCUUCUGGCACAUUUCCCACCAGCCCAGAAGAUGCCAUCCACUCUGCAUCGUACCGGCCCUGAGGCGGCCAGGAUUGCCAAGACAGCCGUCAGCUGGUCUCGACUCCCGCACUCUCUCGACGCGACUGUAUGCUCGUCCGGAUUGUCCGUCGAUCCUACUCUCUAUCAGGCGCACACGCUGCCCCCGACUGGCGCUGAGACUCGUCUCAUGUCGGGCCGGAUUGUGCCGACCCGCGUUGCCGGUAUCGUGUCUGAUUCCGACAGUCAGAUCCCAAUUUACACCUCACUUUUGCCCAAGUGGUACUCUACCGGUCGAAAUAUGGAGUCACAUUUGGUAGUCCUUCCUCCUCGCGGUGAGACGGACUCAACCACCGCCGAACAGGCCGACAACACAACACUGAGCAGUGUUGGCAAGACGGACAAACUGGAACGACUCUCGCAUCCGCCCCCGGAGCCAGAACAUUCUGUUUCCAGGUGCCCCUGGAUACCGGAGGCCGGAUCGGCAACUUUCACCCUCGGCCGACAUACACCGUCCAGACAACUUGUGCCGGCGACCCAGGCCGACCAGACACAGAAGGCCCAAAAUGCCGUCUACCAAACUCUGCAAACUGGUCUGGUCUCCAUGGCUCCGACCCUUGUCGACCUACCCGACGGCAAGACAUGA